UUGAAAUUGAAACUAGAAAAACAAACAGUUCUAAAAUAUGUUAGAACAACACCAGCAGCAUAUGCUCCAGUUAAGGGUUCAGCUAGAUCAGCUGGAUUCGAUUUAAAAAGUAUAGAUGACUGUAUAAUACCAGCAAGAGACAGAAAUAUAGUAAAUACAGGUUUAAAAAUUCAAGUACCUAAAGGGUGUUAUGGUCGAAUUGCACCCAGAUCUGGACUGGCUAUAAACAAUUUCAUCGAUGUUGGAGCAGGAGUCGUAGAUGAAGACUAUAGAGGAAUAGUUAAAAUUGUUUUGUUUAAUCAUUCUGAGAACGAUUUUAUUAUAAAGAGAGGUGAUCGCAUCACACAGCUGAUUUGUGAGAGGAUAUUCUAUCCUGAAGUGCAAGAAGUACAGAGCAUUUGUGAUACAGAAAGAGGAGAAGGAUCAUUCGGAUCUACUGGUAUAUAGCAAAUAUUAGAACAUUUCUCAUACAAGGUGUGGAGAUUUGGAUCUAC